GAGCGGGCGCUGAUUACACAUCAGCACCUUUCAAUCACACUGAGUGGAACAAAAUAUUGGAUCCCACAAUGUGACGGAGCAAUCAAACCUUAUAAUAAGGGACAAAAAUUUCGGGAACUACAUGAAGCGGUCAACUUCUACAUGAAUUAUGCUGUUGUGUGCUUGCGAGAGGGCUAUAAGCAUCAUGCAACCGUUGGUCCAACAGUACCUGGUGAAGGACGUGUGACGAGACGAGACGUAGAGUGUCCAACCGGGUUAUCUCGUUUUUGUACAGCCCCUCGAAGUCCCUCGAAGUUUCGGUUCCUGGAGAAACUCGAAAGAGGAGAUAGGGCCUCGGACUGCCAACACAAUGUGAAUCAAUUGGAUGUUGUCCAUGAGUUGAUCGACAGGGCGAUUUCAACAGCUUUGAAGAAAAGCAAUUCGCGAUCCCUCACCAACUUUCUCUAUGGCACCGUUAGCAUCAAGCGCGUCACCAAGCAGGCCCCACUGUUGUUGCCGGUCUAUGGACACAUUGAGCCUGGAGAACAGGAUCAAGCCGAGCCUUGGAUCUGG